AUGUAUUUAUCAAAAACAUUCAGAGAGCCCUCUAACGGUAACCUUGUUAAUGACAAAUGCGUCUUUGGGGUCGAUGUAUAUAUCAUCAAGAACCACGGUGUAGGUGAAUGUUUGUCCCCCCUGUUUAAUGAGACCAAGUCUUAUAAGCACGAAUGGAAGAUUUCUGAAUUCACAAAACUGAAGAACAUAGUGUAUUCUCAAGAGUUUACUAUUGGGGGUUACAAAUGGAAACUUCGUCUAUAUCCUACAUGUGACGCUAAUGAAAAUGGCCAAAACAUUUCCAUCUUUCUUGAAUUAUUUCAUGCUAAUGGAUUUGAUUCCCGAAAAAAGGUGCAUACAACAUUUAGCAUAUCUAUCAAAGACCAGUUUGGUGAUGUCGACCGCAAGUUAACUACUUCUGUAGGAUAUUGGUUUGCAGCUCCUAAUUUUUGUUGGGGAUGGGCGGAAUUUUUGCCCCUAAGUGAAUUGAAGGAUCCAAAGAAAAGCUUCAUUGUCGGAGAUUGCUCCAUUGUAGAAGCAGAUGUUUCAGUGCUUCAUAUAGUCACCGGUUUAUCAUAA